GGAAAGGUGCGUUCAGGAACAAAAGUGUUUGUUCCUACCCGAGCCACAAAAACGGUUGCGCCGUCAGUGAGGUUUGCUAACAUUCCUCAUUUCAGUUUUGCCAAUGGACUGACAUCAGCCAGCACCGAUGCUGCUGAAGGAUCUGCCCAGAGACGCCCUGUUGCGGCCCCUGUCCAGGAAUGAAGUGAUUGGCAUGUUGGUGAGGCUGAGCAUCUUUGGUGCUGCCACAUACUACAGCAUCAAAUGGGUGGUGGAGGCGAUGGACCCCACCUCUAAGCAGAAAAGCCAGGCCAAAAAACGGGCAGAGGAGCUGAUGAGGAGAAUAGGCUUGGAGGGCAUCACACUGACUGAGUAUGAGAUGAACAUCGCAUCCCUCUUAGUCGAUCCCCAAACUAUCAAGGUGUCUUGGAGAGAUAUAGCUGGUCUGGAUGAGAUCAUUAAUGAGCUGCAGGACACCGUUAUACUACCAUUUCAGAAAAGACACCUUUUACCCGACUCUAAACUCUUCCAACCUCCUAAAGGUGUUUUAUUGUUUGGUCCUCCGGGAUGUGGGAAGACCAUGAUUGCCAAGGCAACAGCCAAAGCCUCAGGCUGUAAGUUUAUCAACCUGCAGGCCUCCACACUGACAGACAUGUGGUACGGGGAGUCGCAGAAACUGACCGCCGCCGUCUUCUCGCUGGCCAUCAAAAUCCAGCCUUGUAUUAUCUUUAUCGACGAGAUCGAGUCAUUUCUAAGAAACCGUUCCAGUCUGGACCACGAGGCCACUGCCAUGAUGAAGGCCCAGUUCAUGAGCCUGUGGGAUGGGCUCGACACCUCUUUAACCACCCAGGUGAUGGUGAUGGGAGCCACCAACAGGCCGCAGGAUGUAGAUCCGGCGAUUCUGCGAAGGAUGCCUGCCACGUUUCAUGUCGGCCUGCCGAAUGCAAAGCAGAGAGAAGACAUCCUCCGGCUGAUUUUAGCAGGAGAAAAUCUGAGCAACGCCAUAAAUCUGAGGGAGAUUGCCGAAAAGACCGACGGAUACUCGGGCAGCGACCUCCGAGAGCUCUGCCGUGACGCCGCCAUGUACCGGGUCAGGGAUUUCGUCCGCAAGGAGCAGAUCCGGCAGAUUGCGCAGCAGCUGCAGAGCUACGAGGAGGAGGAAGGGCCCGUCGACGAGGAUCGGUUACGGCCGGUGACGCAGCUGGACCUCCUCUUCGGCCUCGACAAGAUGAAGGAGUCCAAGCAGGCCACGGCUGCUAUCCUACCCGCCGUGGCAGAGGUUCCUCUGGACUGAGCACCGUUGUUAGGAAGACUCCACUCACCUUGUUGGUGGCUGCACGGUCCAGCUCUGCAAGCAGACCACUAGGAAGGUGCCUUUGGAAAGGCAAGAGACAAAAAUCCAGUUUUUCGGCUUGGUAGAAUCCUGCAGGCCAUUUUAAUAUUGAGCAUACCCCUCAUCUUCUCCACCCACCCGUACAUGUGACCAGGUAGAAUAAAUGAGAACUGUGCAAUACCGCCUGCUAGCUUAAUGCAUGAGAGAACUGUCGAUGUCCAUUUGUUUAGGAGCGCUUAUCAGUGAUAAUUAAUAUUCCAUAGAAGGUCAAAUGCCAUUAAAUGUUCCGAGAGUUUAUCUGAAAAGGAGAAGUUGAUAAAACACGCGACCUUUAGGCACAGUGGCCUUUUGAAUCAGCCUUACUUUUUCUAAAUUGUCAGAUUGAGCGCAAAAGCACCUUGAAAAAAAAAAAUGAAUCGAGGAAAUAUUUCUCAGUUCUAGUGUUUAGAGAUUAGAUCCAAAAUUGGCUCAGUUUCCAAUUACUAGCCCUUUAUCUCACCAAAUUGGAUGGAAAGUGUAGUGACUGAAUGUUUUUAAAGAUAAUCUUAACAUUUAGUUUGAUCCAUAUUUUCUGUUUGUGGAAUACAUACGUUUUUUUUUUUAUUGUUUAAAGAAUUACUUCUUUGUUUUUAUAUGAUAAAUCCAUACAUGUAGAGUCAAAUUUGAGAACCAGCAUGUGGGUCGUACAACUUGUGCUCCUGAGGAGUUUUAUUCUAAAUAAAUACGUCGGAUAUUCAUUUUUGGUCGGACGUCGGCCACAACAAAAGGAUCUAACAGUUCGGCUUCAUAGCUGCCUUUGUGCAGUUGUUUAACUUGAAGUGAAAAUAGAGCCAAAUGCAGAAUGGAAGAUAUUGUAGUUAAGUGAAAAGUGCGCUUGGAUUUUAUGAAAAUUAGCAAUGAUGUGAACCACGGCAACAUCUAAAUAUCUGAAGGCCUCAAUUAUUUACAUUUAAGUACAUGACUGUAAAAAGGCUUAAUUUUACAAUGAUAAAUAAAAUAUUUGAUGAGAAGCUUCAGGGAAAAAAACAUGAAAAGACACUGAAAUGGAAACUGAAAGAGAGCCUCCUACUGUCACUUAGGUAACACUGCUGUACUUCAGACGAAUAUUGCGACACUCUGCAAUGUGAUGGAAUUUAUAGUCGUCUAAUGGUUACUAUUAAAAACCUUUGAAGGCUCAGUAGUUGCUUUUACUAGCGAUGUCUUGUCACAGGCUCUUUAAAAAGGCAGUUAGCAAAACAUGAGCUGCAUGUCCGUUUAACAGCUGAUGCUAAGUUGGCUACCUGAGCAGAUAGCCUGACUAAUUAAUAACGUAACACAUUUUCUGUACAAGACAAUUCAAUGUGCUUUACAUAAAAUUCAAAAAGCGUAAGAGUAUAAAAUCACACAUAUUUAAGCCAUCAUUGACAAUUAAAUUAGAAAUAAAAAAUGUAGAUAAAGCUUUUUCAGCUGUCAUAUCCACAACUAAAAUAAACCCACUGUUAUUAGGCUGGAUUUUAAAAAAUUAGUCAGAGUCUAACCCAGCCUCACUUUUGUCCGAUUUCAACAAAGUACCUCAUGUCAUUGAGAUAAUUUCCAAUUAAGCAGCUAAUAUCAGCUGGUUAUUCUUCCUGUGUUACUCUGUAAAGGACCUCAUGGAAGAAAAAGGUCAAUAGCAAUAAGCAUGUUUAUUUGGAAACUACUAGUGCUUUUAAGGAUCAGUUGUUGUUUUUUAUUUGCUCGUGUUUAUGCAUCAAAAAAAAAAUAUAUAUAAAACAUACAUGGUAUGGUAAAGAAAGUAGUAGUAGAACUAGAACAGUCAAUAUUUUAGCAGCAGCAGGAAUCGUUGCUUUUCUCUUUUAAACUUUCAGACCAAGUUGUCAGAUCAUUAAAUAUUUGUUGUUUUUUAAGCCAUUCAUUUACAUACAUAUUUAUAUAUAUAUUUAUAUAUAUAUAUAUUUUUUUUUAUUAUUAUUAUUUUUUUUUUGCUUUCUGUCAGCUGAAGCCUUAUCUUUGGCCAUCUGGUCAGAGUGUGUGUAAAAUGGAUCUGCUGUGGGUGUCAAGCAGCUGUUUUCCUCUGGCGCCCACUGAGCAAGCUGAACCCGGUUCGUCAUUCGCCCACGCGGUGGCGCUGUAGAUUCACCAUCCUGUCGCCCAGACAGCCGUUCCCGACCCACUCUUACUCUGAGCCGUGUAACUGCACAACGGGAAACAAAUGAGAUGCCGUGUUGUCGUUCCCUUAUUGGUUUAUCCAGUGAUGUUGAGCCAUCUGUUGCUCUUCAUUAAAUAACCUCAGGUGACAGUUAAAGGUCAGAUGACGCCGUGUGAGCCGCCGCUGCUUGUGAAGCUUAAGUCAAAUUUCUAAAUGUUUUCUCUCAGUGCAAUAUCACCGACAAGGUCCUUGAUCAGUUAGCACAGACGCUCCACAUCCAUCACACAGUGAUCAUGUGUUAAAUAUUGUAUGUGUAUGUAUUUGAUGUGACGUAUUAAAUAUGUUCUGUAAAUUAUAUCUAUUAAAUUCUGUUGGGGGCGUGGGGGGAGAAUCAUGCUAGUUUUGUCAUUUCACAAUGCAACUCGUGUAAUAACUUCCAAUGAUCGCAGUGAAACCGUAGUGUUUGAUUUUUAAAGAAUUGUUGUGUGAAACCAACUUUUCGAGCGCAUUUGAAUUAUUUAUAGUGAUUUAUUUAUGUUUUUUUCUCUUCUUUUAAUACUAUAUAAGGUAAGACAUAAAUGUGUUUGAACUUAAAUAAAGGCACUAAACUGUUUAAUAUUUAACCCUCCCGCGGUCUUAAGAGAUGGGAUCAAUUAGACCACUCAAGUUUUUUUACUUUGUGCGCGGUCCAGCGGGGUCGCGCUGACCCUCUAUGCGCUUUUGCAAGGUUUUUUUUUCUGUGUGUAUGGUUUUGGGAACUGACGGUCUGAUGGAACGACCUCCAACCCAAUUCCCUGCUGUCCGACAGUGACAUUUGCCACGCUCCUCCUGAGGGUUAAAGCUGCAUCUCAGAAAAAAAGUUUUAAUAUUUUGUGUCACUCAUUUUAGAAAGAAAAUCUCACAUUCAUCUCACAUGGCGUUAAAUAUUCCAACACUUUCUUGCAAUUUUAAUGAUAAUGGCUUAAAAAAACAAUUUAGUGUCUCAGAAAAUGCAAAUAGUACAUAGGAUUCAUUGCGUAGGAUAUUUUAAAGAGUAAUGUACAGCCCUUCAUAGUAAUGUAUGUGCUUUUCUUUGCAUUCAAGACUUGGUUGGGACGCCUUGUGCAUGUAUUACUGCGUCAGUAAAUGAAGGGACAGGAAGGAAGAGACGUAAGAAGCUGGUCAGAAGGGCCGGCUCAGUUUUGGACUAUUCUCUGGACUCCUUUUAGGAGGUGGGCGAGAGGAAAACGGUAGCUAGGAUAAAAUCAAUUAUGGUGAACUCCUUUCACCCAUAGUAGGAUCCUUUAGCUGCUCCGUCAGCAGCAGACUGACACACUCACAGUGUAGGAAGGAGAGACACCGCAGGUCAGUCAUACCAACUGCUGUCAGACUGCAUAACACCUACAACCAGUAAUGUAGCACCAAUAACUUGCCUGCUGCUAUAUUUGCAGUCAAGUCAGGUUUAUUCAUGCAGCACAUCUCAGCAACAAGGCAGAUGAAACUGCUUUACAUCAUAAAAACAUCAAUUACAAAAUAAGCAAUAGACUACAUUUUGUCAAAUGGCAUCAUCAAACAUGUUCAUCUGUGUUUCAUUUACUACUAAUUAAAGGAAACUAAACAGGUGGGGUUUAAGCCUUGAUUUAAAGGAACUCUGUGUUUCAGCUGUUUUGCAGUUUUCUGGAUGUUUGUUCUACUUAUCACCACUACUAGCUCUCAUCUAUGUGACCUUCAUUGCAUAGCUUCUUAAGCCAUUUCUCAUGCAUAUUUUCACUUUGUGCAAUAUUUUUAUACAUUUACACAUACAUCUUACAUUGCUGCUUAUUGUGAUUUUGUUUAUGUCUGUUUUUUUCUACUGUAACAUGGUUUUCCAAAAUGCAGGAUUAAUAAAGUGGAUCAUUCAGUCAGUCA